CGGAGAGCGGCGGAAUAUUGAGAACCGGAGAGACACGGACAGAGAGCGGCGGGGACAGCCGGCUACCGCACACGAACGCAUCGGUAGAGGCUCUGCCCGCUCUGUGCCCGCUCUGUGCCCGCUCUCUGCCCGCUCUGUGCCCGCUCUCUGCCCUCACCUGCCCCAGGCUCGAUGCGGGCCGGCGCUGGCCAUGGAGAAGCUGUACCUGGCGGGGAGCAGCACCUGGACCAUCAACAGCUCCCUGGGGAACGGCAGCCUCCGGCUGGAGAACCCGAGCGCCGGCAGGAACAGCAGCGCCGACCCCCUGAAGAGGAACGAGGACAUGGCCAAGGUGGAGGUGACAGUCCUGUGCCUCAUCCUGUUCCUUGCCCUGACCGGCAACCUGUGCGUGCUCCUGGCCAUCCACACCACCCGCCACAAGCACUCCCGCAUGUACUUCUUCAUGAAGCACCUGAGCAUCGCUGACCUGGUCGUGGCCAUCUUCCAGGUGCUGCCCCAGCUCAUCUGGGACAUCACCUUCAGGUUCUACGGGCCAGACUUCCUCUGCCGCUUGAUCAAGUACUUGCAGGUAGUGGGAAUGUUUGCUUCCACCUACAUGCUCCUGCUGAUGUCCCUGGACCGGUGCUUGGCCAUCUGUCAGCCGCUGAGGUCCCUGCACAGGAGAGCUGACAGAGUCUCUGUCCUCCUCACCUGGCUGCUGUGUCUGCUGGUCAGCAUCCCUCAGAUCCACAUAUUUUCUCUAAGGGAUGUGGGCAAUGGGGUUUAUGACUGCUGGGCAGAUUUCAUCCAGCCCUGGGGACCAAAAGCCUACGUUACCUGGAUCACCCUCAUGGUCUACAUCAUCCCAGUGUUGAUGCUGAGCAUCUGCUAUGGCUUAAUCAGCUUCAAAAUCUGGCAGAACGUGAAGCUAAAGACGGCUCACGGGCCCAGUGUGGGUCUGGGCUCAGGCUCCCGUGGUGGGAUGGUGUUUGCCAGGGUCAGCAGUACCAGGCUCAUCUCUAAAGCCAAGAUCCGGACGGUUAAAAUGACCUUUAUCAUCGUGCUGGCGUUCAUAGUGUGCUGGACCCCGUUCUUCUUCGUGCAGAUGUGGUCUGUGUGGGACACCAACGCCCCGCAGGAAGCCUCCCCCUUCAUCAUCGCCAUGCUCCUGGCCAGCCUCAACAGCUGCUGCAACCCCUGGAUCUACAUGCUCUACACCGGGCACCUCUUCCACGACCUCAGGCGCCGCUUCCUCUGCUGCUCCACGCGGUAUCUGAAGUCGCGGCCGGGGUGUGAGCUGAGCAAGAAGAGCAACUCCUCGUCCUUCGUCCUCAGCUGCAGGAGCACGAGCCAGAGGAGCUUCGUGCAGCCGCCCAGCACAUGAGGCCAUGGGCAGCCGGGACUGGAGCCUCUGCUGCGCUGCCUCCCCAACCUCCCUGCGGAGAGCUGGGGGCUGUGACCCGGACAAGGACGGGGUCUAGAAACAGGUGUAAAUAGGCUGUAAGCAUGUACAGAGGGCGUUAUUUAACUGAGACGGGAUGGGGGAGGAACGCUGUGUCCAAGUUUCAGCGCUGCCUGGGAUUAGACAGCAGGAACCUGCUCCUGAGCCCCAAACCUGACAUCAGUGGCUUACGGAUGUACCUGGAGGGACAAAUGAUGGGGUUCCGCUGGGGCAGGGGCGGUGCAUCCCUGAGGGAUGGAAGGGGCCGCUGCAGCACGGGGAGAUGGGUGUCAGCCCUGCUGCAUGGCUGGGCACUGUCCCUCCUCCGCCUGCAGCAGAUCCCGCAGGAUGCCAGCGCUGGCACCGCGCUCUCAGCACAGGAGCACUCGCUUCGCUUGCAGCCUGUGGGGCAGGGGCAGCCCCGUCCCCGCAGCCCUGCACCCCUGCACCCCUGCACCCCUGCACUGUGCCCUGCACCCCUG